AUGGGGAACGUCUUCGUGCCGCGGCUGCUCGAGUGUGAAACGAACUCAAUUGAUAAUGGACGUCGCGGCACUCUCACGACGAAAGACAAUAACGACAAAGACGUUUGGACGAGGAGAACGAUCUACUUUGCCCCGGACGAAAUGUUUCAGGGAAGAUUCCUUCGAGAGCGAUCAGCGUCGCACCGACGUCCAAUGAUCGAGGUAGAGCAGCUCGGGAGUUGGUCGCGAUUGCAAGAUACGCAAAGUUUUUGGGCUUAUCCAGCGAGUGGUGUGUUGGGAAAACCACAGGGAUCGCAAUCAUCAGUGACAAAGACGGACCGAGAAACGCUGAAGAAAGAUGCCUCUAAAAACACAUUAGAUUGGAUUGGUGAAAGCUUCUUAAAUGCCGUUGACGCACUUUACCCCGCUUCGAGAUCGUGUGGUGAUGUGGAAGGGCGUAAAAAGAAAUACAAACUGAACAAAUACAUUCUGCCCAUGAUCAUCGGAUUUAUAUUGAUAAAAUCAAUUCUACUGCCCAUCACACUAAAGGCACUGGCUGUUCUAAGUGGAAAAGCCGUUGUGCUGAGUUUGAUGAGCCUGAUACUGGCGGCCAUAGUUGGAUUAAAGAAGGUCGCUCACAAGGAAGACAGCUAUGACAAGCACAGACGGCAGGACACAUUCGAUUUAAUGGGCGAGAUACAGGAAUUCGAGCCUUAUAGACUGUACAAAGAACGACGUAGAAAGAAAUGAAAAAAUUAAUAGUUACAGAUUUUGGAUAAUGUAUUUUGGUUCCUCGAAUUUUUUCUAUAUUCUAACUUUAAUUUAUUUAGAAUUUUAUAACUUUAGAUAUAUAUAUACAAGAGGAAAACUGUAAGUUCCACGAGUAAGAAAAGAUUAAUUUCUUCGAUUUAUUAGUACUACAAAUAAGGUUUUUUUAUCAAUUCUAUUUAUUUACUUUUACCGUCUAAGCGUAGAAAAUCGUGAAUAAUAAGGUGAAGAUCAGACAUUGUAAAUAUAUGAUAAAGUAAAUAUAUGAUAAACAUAAUAUAUUUGCAUAUAUCUCUAUUACCGAACAGAUCAACCAUGUCAGCGCGAAAGUUCGAGUUAACAUUAAUUUCGUCAAUGAAAGAGAAUUUCACACAACAGUUGUGUUAAAUGCUUGUAACUGUAGUGAUUGAAAUCACGCUAAAUGACAUACAUUCGUGAAAGCAAACGACAGUGAAGCUUGCAAACAGAAAUUUUUGUCACACGAUGUUAUAAAUAGAUGUAGUUUAUUUAUAUAUAACAUAUAGUUGUAUAUGUAUUUAUUUAUUUGUAUAAUUAUAUAUUUAUUUAUUUAUUACGUAACAAAAUUGUUCUUGAGAUGAGUCAUCUGAAUGCAUUCCGAACUCAUUUUACCGAUAUGAUGUAAGAAAGAGAGAAAGUUUUGUUCAAGAAGAACUAGUUUGUAAACAGGAUAUCCUCGUCGUUGCAACUAUACAUAAAAGCUAGAUUAUUCAACCGUGUAGAAAUAAAUGUGUCUUUAAUAACAAU